AUGCUCAACCCUCUGUUCAAGUCGCUCGCCGUCCUCAGCGCGACACUCGCAACUGGACGAGCACUCGGGAUUCCAUCCAACUUAGUCGAGGCCCGUGCUCUCCGGAUCGUGCCCGUCAUCAACUGCACACCUCUGAGUGGUGCAGCAGGAAAGCUCGUCAUGACCAACAGUGCGACACUCGGCGACGCGUCGCUUCCAGAGGAUGGCGUCCCACUCGGCCUCGUGAACAAAACGUUGGAAGAGGUCGGCAACGAUUCACACCAGACUUUUGUUUUCUCUUCUUGCUCUUCAACAUUUAUGAACGAGACGGCUACUAAUGAUACUUUUUACGGACAUAUUUCUCCAUCGGACGAUGCAACGUCAUGCUUGGUGGCCCAGACCGGCAUGCCGGAUCCUCAGCCUGUCGUUACAGAGCCUUGCAGCCUCUCGGACGACUCGGGACAGAUGCUCCAGUUUUGGAAAAUCGUCCUCGAUAAGAACCAGACGAAGCCUGCAUUGGUGAGCUUUGUAGGGCUUUCCGCCCGCUCGACUAGCACCGCGCAUUACGAGACCGGCUUUGAUGUGGUCAACGGCACAAACGUCGUUCACAUCAACUAUGUCAAGAGUACAAACGUUUCGAGCACGUACCAAAUCAAACUAGUUCCGACUGCAUAA